AUGGCCACUUUCAAAUUUUCGAAAUUUGCUGCUGUCUUCGUAGCCGUUGCCAGCAUAAUUGGUGUCAACGUUUUCGGCAAUAAAGUUGAGAACGCCUCAGGUAACGAGAUCCUCAACAGAGGGCCUACCAAGGUGCUCUUUGCUGGGAAUCCCAUUAUCUAUCAAUUUGCCAACGCAGAGGAGUCUGUGAUUGCCAGCUUCAGCGAGGAGUUUGAAAGUUUGGGUGAGCUUAUUACCAUUGAGACUGCCACUCCUGGUGGUUCGGCAUCCAACGGUGCCUCGGCUUACGGUUAUCUUGGCGGAGACUGCGCCUUCUUUGGUAUUCUUGGUGAUGAUCACCAUGCUGAAAAUUUCCAUAACAACUUGGCUUCAUACGGCGUUGAGAUUCUUGCCCCCCGCAGACCUGGCGCAAUUACCUGUCAAUUGUAUUCCUUUGUCACUCCUGACAAGGAUCGUACCAUGUACGUGCUGCUAGGCGCUUCUCACAGCUUGAGACCUGGUGACAUCAGCUACGACAUUAUGGACAGGUUCGACUACUUCGCUUUCACUGCGUUCAUAUUAUCAACCGAGAAACAGAUUGAAUUCACUUACGAAAUGGUUGAAGCUGCUCGCAGCCUCGGUAAGGGCAUUAUUACUCUUUUGUCCAACACAUGGUGCAUUCGUACCAACGGUGAUCGCCUGAGACAACUUGCGGAUAUCUCUGAUUACGUAUCUGACAACGUUGAGGAGUUCUCUAUGCUUUACAGCAUCGAAGACCCUGAGAAUUUGAUCAAAACUCUUGCCACUCGUACCGCUGGUGAGAAGCCUACCAACAAGGCCAUUAUCAUGACCAUGGGUGGUGAGGGUGCCCUCGUAUUCUACCACGGUAAGAAGUACUACGUACCGCCUUCUGGUGUUAACGUUGUGGACACUACCGGCGCUGGUGAUGUGUUUGCUGGUGGACUACUUUAUGGUAUCCUCAACGGCUGGUCUGUUAGGAAAGCUGGGGAGUUCGCCGUUGCUGUGGUCGGUGAUCUCAUCUCCCACUUCGGUACCUACAUGAAGCCUGAGACUCGCGCCAAAAUUAACCAAAUCAAGGCUUCUGCUUAA